CUCUCACCCCAGCAGAAUUUUCUUUUGUUUUGUUUUAGCUUGCGCUGUAGCAAUGAAUCAGCUGUAUCGUCGGCGGUGUUUUCUGAUUGAUUGUUUAUUCACGACAGUUUAAAGUAGGGUGUUGAAGUUGACACACAGCACAAUGAAAACUUAUAUUCAAUAGGAAAACGGAUUCUGUACAAUUGAGAAGCUGUGGAAAAAUGCUGGGUAGUGUCGUCGGAUGCAUGUAUCAGCUGUCUAAUUUGACUGAUUUAGCGCAUCAAAGCGGGGGGGAUCAUUCAGCAACUAAUACUAGGCAAACUGGAUUCUGAUUUCUACACGUCAUAUCAUAAGACUGCAGCAGCUGGAUACAUAGUUACCUGAGUAGUCAGCUUACAUCAAGCUGACAAUAAUAAGAAGAUAUCUGGUCCCCCUUCCGAUUUUCCAAUGGGUGAAGAGAAGCCGGAGACCUUAGAUUUUGUGAAGGACUUCCAGGAGUACCUGAGUCAACAGACACAACAUGUCAACAUGAUAUCAGGAUCUGUCAGCGGCGUCAAAGAUGUAGAUGAGCUUCCUGGAGAUAUCAGUCAAAAUGGUCUGGAUCAUCCCUCUGUGGAUAUAACUUUGGAUGACAGCUCAGGCAUAUUGGUGGACGGCUUUGAAAGAACCUAUGAUGGCAAACUGAAAUGCCGCUACUGCAACUAUGCUACCAGAGGCACAGCACGGCUUAUCGAGCACAUCCGCAUCCAUACAGGUGAGAAGCCGCAUCGAUGUCAUCUGUGCCCUUUUGCCUCUGCAUAUGAGCGCCACCUGGAGGCCCACAUGCGUUCUCACACAGGCGAAAAGCCCUACAAGUGUGAGCUGUGCUCUUUCCGCUGCAGCGACCGCAGCAACUUAUCCCACCAUCGGCGGCGGCGCCACAAGCUACUGCCCAUGAAGGGCGCGCGCUCGGCUCUCUCCCAUCGCAAGGUGCUGAGUGUCUUGCAGAAGCGCGGCGGCUCUCUGGGCUACGGCCGCCGCCUGCUCAUCAACCUCAGCCCUCCCUCUAUGGUCAUGCAGAAGCCCGGCCCUGACCAGCACCACCUAGCUGACUUCAGCCAUGAGCUGCCUUCCCACUCCAGCCUCCACCAAGACUCCUACGACGGCCUUGGCAAGGUGCAGCCCUCCGACAGCAGCAGCAGCGGCGGCGGCGGGGAGGCCAGCAUGCACCGGGAGCCGCAUGACCUGUCCAUGGACAACCCGCUCAACCAGCUCUCCACACUGGCCGGCCAGCUAGCCAGCUUGCCGCCGGACGCCCACGGUCCACCAGAGUCGCCAGGCGCCGAGUCGCUGCCGGACGAGAAGCCGUCCUUCCUGGUGCAGCAGCCGGCGGCGGCCCCCGCGGCCGUGUCGGCCAGCAUGGCGCAGGCCUCGUCGCCCAUCACCCCCGAGCCCCGGCCCACUGCCCACAGCAGCUGCAGCCCUGGCGGGGGCCCGGGCAGUGAGAGAACCAGCACGCCCAGCGGCAUCACCAGCCAGCCGGGCACGCCGCCCCCGAUGCAGGACCCGCAGAUGCCACAGCACUGCCCGCACUGCCACAUCUACUUCCCCGACAACAUCCUCUUCACCAUUCACAUGGGCUGCCACGGCUACGAGAACCCAUUCCAGUGCAACAUCUGCGGCCACCGCUGCAGGAACCGCUACGACUUUGCCUGCCACUUUGCACGGGGCCAGCACAAGUAGUGAGCCAGGCAGGACACAGCUGUGUCUGUGGGGUGCCUUUCUCACAAAGUACUGUAAUAUUAGAUGUUGUGCCCAAAACAUUCUAAAGUGGAGCAUUUAUAUUGAUCCGCUUUGAACCUCCUGUACUUUUUAAGGAUUGUUUUAAAUGUAACUUUAUAACCUGUUCUUUGUCACUUUUUAUUUAUUUUUUGAAUAUUUUUAUGAAAUGUUCCUUUAUUUACAAAGGUGGAUAACAUUAUAUGCUUUUAGCAAGAUAUUAUAUAUGCUGAUUUCAGUUUAGUGCUAUUAAGCUUUGGUGAAUUUCUGUGUGUGCAGCACAACAGUUAUAAUAAUGUAACUAAAGAGUGCCUCUGAUGUUUAUUUUACGGUCGUUCCAUUUCAUCAUCACAAAGUAAGGCAUAGCACAGUAUGUUGUGGACAGAUGAAUUAAAUAAGAAAUGUAUUCAUUAUAUUAAGGUUGCUUGGUAUACAAAGCUUGUAUGAUCAAGUUCAGGUUGCUGUUUCUGUUUAAGUUGAGGAUGUGGUGGAGUGACCAGUAGUGUUGAUCUGUCUUACAUUGUUAAAAACCCUUCAGAGAUUUCAGUAGAAAAAAAAAGGAACUCAAGUGAUGACGUCAUGUGGAUGUGAUUUGAAAACCAGACCUUAUUGUAAAGGUUGCCCCCGUUUCUCAUUCCCUUAUCAUGUAAUAUCUACUUGCCAAGUACUACCAGAGUUGCCACAUGUUGGUGUUCAUGUUAAUAUCCGUCUAUUGUUUAGCAGAGUUAUGAUCAAAACACGUGUGUCCAAAUUUCAAACAAAUUAAUCAUGAACAUUGUGUCGAUAAUAUAGAUGUUCAGUGUCAAUAAAGAUACAAUCUUGGUCAACUAA